AUGGCCCACUCAGACGAGCAGACUCCUCCAUCCACGGCUGCUUCAUCCACCAGAAAGAAGAAACGCGCCUCCAAAGCCUGUUCAUGCUGCCGCGCUCGCAAGAUUCGCUGCGACGUGCUCAAAACCGGCGUUCCAUGCACCAAAUGCCAGCUCGAUGGCUUCGACUGUCUUGUCCAGGCUCGCAAGAAGAGGCGUGGCAAGAAUGAGCCCGCGAAGGAGCAGCCAUCAUCCAACGACGACCUCAGGAUUGGCGAUGCGGCCAGGCCACCGGCGAUGCCUCGAUCGAUUCCACAGCAUGCCAUGCUGCACCAGGUUCCGCAUUAUCCCUUCUUUCGCAGCUUUGCCCCUGACGGCCAGUCCUCGCUGCUUGCCGUUUCUCAGGACGAUGAGGAUGACUCGGGGGCCAUUAAGCAUUCUAGGCUGGAUGAAGAUGACAUACAGUAUCUGAGACGAAAAGGUGCCCUCAGCUUGCCUCCGAAGAGAGUCAUGGACGAGUUUGUGUCGAAUUAUUUCCAACUCUUUCACCCGUUCUUCCCCAUCAUCGACAAGUCCAGCUUUCUGGAAGGGUACUAUAAAAAUGAUCGUAACGCCGCACUUCAACCUUACGGUACCAGCCUGUUGCUCCUCCAAGCCAUAAUAUUUACGGCUAGUGCGACGGUGCCUGCAAGCACAUUGAGAGCCGCCGGGUUCACGUCGCGUAAAGAGGCGAGAAACCAAUUGCACAAAAGAGCACGAUAUUUAUAUGACUUUGAUUUUGAAUCAGAUGACAUUACCAACAUCCAGGCGCUUCUCUUGAUGAGCCACUACUACCCGUCUAUGGUUGAACAGAAGCACACUUGGUUCUGGGUACACCAAGCCAUCAGCCUCUCGCAAGGCUUGGGAUUACAUCGAAACGCCGGUCAAGAGCCGCAGCACAAGCUCUGGGCUAGAAUAUGGUGGGCAUGCCUGGUUCGAGAUCGGCUCACUACGCUGGGCACGGGACGUCCAAUGCACAUCAACAGCCUGGACUGCACAGUUCCUAUGCUUACGCUAGAUGAUCUAAAAGAAGAUGGGGAUAGCGAAGAUGACCGAACGGUAAAGGAGUUCUUUAUCGAAUUUGUGAAACUGUGCCAGUACAUGGAGGGAGUGCUGUCGCUCCCGCAUAACAUAGCGACAGCGGCUGGAUCACUACCCGAACAAAUAAGCCUGUGUGAAGAAACUCUCCAACAUUGGCGUCUCAACUUGGUGCCAAGUGCCAAGUUGCAUGAAGAGAAUAGCAGAGAUUUCGACAAGCGAGGUAUUUGCACUCUAUACAGGGCUCUUUUACAUCUGAUUUACAACAUUGUUAUCAUCGCUCUCCACAAAUCACACCAGGUUCUGGACGAAAGUCGCCCUAGUGGCGCACAGUUACCUCUGCCAAGAGUUCAGGCGGCCGCCGAGGACUCUACGAGGCUUGCUGUCGAGCUCGUCAGACUGGAUCUAAUCAAAUAUUGCCCUACGAUAUGCGUGACGGCUAUUCUGCCGCCGCUCAUUGUCCAUCUUCUCAUGAUGCGGUCCUCUCCAGAUUCAUCCAGCAGACAACCUCACAUCGACCGAUUCAGCAAAUGCAUGGUGCUGUUAGAACAGCUUGGCGACAUUUAUUGGCACGCGAGCUUCUAUCACGACUUUUUCAAGCUUGCAGCUUCGCAAUCUCAAGAACCUACGGCGCAUGCCAGCGCAACCGAGCAAGAUCCUCUCGUCGCAUUCUUCAAUGACCAUAUGCCUGCAAAACAACCUGCAGGCAAGGGGGUAGAGAUCUCUAUCCAAGCGCCAAAUUGGAGGCGUCCACCCACAGCGAAUAAUGCUGAAAACAACCCCAUCAAACUCACUGCGGCACAAGGUCAAGAUGAUGACACCGCUGAUCAUUCAUCAAUGCUCGUCACUACUGCUGAUAUCCAAGCUGGAAUUUUGGCAACGGCACCGACACUACACACUACUUCUACAGUAUAUGAGACUGACCCUGGCGACCUGGAGCUUGGAGAUGUCGCAGUUUCUGAUGCCGCUAAUCUGCAACUGUUUGAAGAUUGGCUGGACGAGUUUGGCUAUUUUCAAAACAUCUUUCAGUCCGCUUGA